UUACUAGCAAUAUAAUUACAUUAUUAUCAAAGCUAGUUAGCAAACGGUAGCUAAUUAUGCCGCCGGCAUUUUGAUUAGCACAGCUAGCACACAUACUUUGUGUGCGCGUGGAUAACACAUUUUAAUUCAGGACCAGACUAGCAAUAGACUAGCAUGCAGCCUACCUCUUGCAACAAAUUAUUGAACCAGCUAGUUAGUUAGCUAGCUAGCUAGCUUACUUACUAACUACACCGCACUGGCUGUCAAGUGGUUGAUGGUGGAAUUAGUUAGCUAGCUAGUCUACUGCAAGCACUACCCCCCCGCCGACAGCUGUCAACCGGAAGGCCGCGGGUCAGGGGUGGGGAUUUAACAACUUUCCUUGUCUAAAAUGUCUGGAUGGACCGAGUAAAUAUAGCUAGCUGCCUAUAACUACCACACAUAUCUGUCUCAAUAUAUAUAUAGCUGAGAAUGGAUUCCUCUUUGGACUUCGGACGUGACGAGAAGUGUUUGGCAACUGUAAGAGGACAGGAGCUAAGGCUGUCUGGUCAGAAGGAGCCCAGGCUAUUGUCACUGAUUGAGCGCUCUGGAGAGUUUAUAUUGGGUGUUUUGGCUAACCCUGAUGCUGUUGUGUCCUGUCCGGUACCUCAGUUGUCCAUACCCAUCAACAGUCAUUUUCAGAUAGUGCGACAGGCCGAAGAAGCGCUGCUCAUUGACUUACCAUUAAAAACUUGCAUUAAGAUACGUGUCAGAGGGGAGAAAGCCCCAGAGCUGGUGCUGGAGCUCCAGGACGAUGAGCGCAGCCGGUCUUUCUUCUCCCAGGUGAAGAGAGCCAAGCAGCAAGUCGAGUCCAAAAGCACGCAAAUCAAAGCGAUGGAUCCCAUUGUACCGGCUCCCCUAAUGCCGUCACCCCGCAAAGUUUCUGCCCCCGUACCACCCAUCCCUCCACAAAGAGGGAUCCACAAAGCUGUCAACUCUCACACCAAGCCCACCGGCGUACCGCCACCGCCUCCCAACCUCAACAAUAGUUCUUCAGCUAACCAGACCUGCACAGCAGAUAGACGGGACCCAGCUCUCUCCCUGGCCACGGACUUUGGCUUUGAGGACAACUUCAACCACUCCCUCAAAGUGGAGGAGAAGAAGAACCAGCAGAAUGGCAUUGUGCCCCCCCGAGAAGCCCCUCCAGUUCCCCCUUUACCUCCACGUAAAGGCUCCUACACUCCCUCCAAUCCUCUCCCCCCCGCGCCCAUCCCAAUCUCCAAAGACAGAGUCUCGUCCAUACAGGCUAAAGAUGCUGCCUUGGAAACGCCUGCCAAAACAGAUUUUAGGACUGCAGUGGACCGGCCCAACUCGUGGAACGACAGCCCCACCACCAACAGCAUGCGGAACGCUAUGUUCUCCACUCAGGCCGGCCAGAGAGAGAACCUCAUCAAACACUGCCUGGGCAAGAAGGAGAAGGAGUAUGUGGACAUCAAGGACUUCAGAUUGUUUACCGGAACGUGGAAUGUGAAUGGCCAGUCCCCAGACAGCAGUCUAGAGCCCUGGCUGUGUUGUGACCCAGAACCUCCUGAUGUCUACGCUCUGGGUUUCCAGGAGCUGGACCUGAGCACAGAGGCCUUCUUCUAUCUGGACUCGUCGAAGGAGCAGCUGUGGGUAGAGGCUGUGGAGAGAGGUCUUCACCCCAAAGCCAAGUACAAGAGGGUGCGCACCAUCCGUCUAGUGGGCAUGAUGCUGGUGGUGUAUGUCAACAAGGUGCACAAGAAUCACAUCAAAGAAGUGGCUGCAGAGCAUGUGGGAACUGGCAUCAUGGGAAAAAUGGGGAACAAAGGAGGUGUGGCGGUGCGCUUUGUGUUCCACAACACCAGCUUCUGUUUUGUCAACUCCCACCUGGCGGCCCACGUGGAGGACUUUGAGAGGAGGAACCAGGACUACAAAGACAUCUGUGCCCGCAUGAGCUUCCACCUGCUAGACCACCCUCCCCUCACCAUCGUCAAACACGAUGUAGUGAUCUGGGUAGGAGAUCUGAACUACCGGUUGUUUGUGUACGAUGCAGCCGAGGUCAAACAGCUCAUCUCACACAACGAACUAAGGAAGCUGCAGGUGAAUGACCAGCUGAAUAUCCAGAGGCAGACCAGGCGAGCCUUCACAGACUUCAUUGAGGGAGAGAUCAAUUUCAUGCCCACAUAUAAGUAUGACGCCAAGACGGACCGUUGGGACUCUAGUGGGAAGUGUCGUGUCCCGGCGUGGUGCGACCGGAUCCUGUGGAGGGGUAGUAACGUGAAGCAGCUCCACUACAGGAGCCACAUGGAACUGAAGACCAGCGACCACAAGCCCGUCAGCUCCCUCUUCAGCGUAGGGGUGAAGGUGGUGAACGAGGCGCGCUACAAGAAGGUGUUUGAGGAGAUUGUGCGCAUGAUGGACAGGAUGGAGAACGAAUUCCUCCCGUCUCUGACACUGACCCAGAGAGAGUUUACCUUUAAGGAUGUCAAGUUCCGCCAGCUUCAGCGGGAGCGUUUUGUGAUCUCCAACGACGGGCAGGUCCCCUGUCACUUUGCCUUCAUCCCCAAGCUCAACGACUCGCAGUACUGCAAGAAUUGGCUCCACGCCGAGCCCAGCGAAGGUUUCCUAGAGCCCAACGAAAUUUUAGAGAUCUUCCUGGAUGUGUAUGUGAGCAAGGACUCGGUGACGCUGCUCAACUCAGGAGAGGAUGCCAUCGAGGACAUCCUGGUGCUGCACCUGGACCGAGGCAAGGAUUACUUCAUCACCAUCUCAGGCAACUACCUGCCCAGCUGCUUCGGUACCUCACUGGAGACCCUGUGCCGCAUGAAGAAGCCCAUCCGGGAGAUCCCCAUCACCAAGCUCAUCGACCUGGGAGAGGACAGCUACAUGGAAAAGGAGAAGUCCAAGGUGAGCUUCCUGAUGGUGGACAGUGCUGGCACGGAGGACAAGCCCUUAAGGAUCCCCAAGGAGGUGUGGCUGCUGGUGAACCACCUCUUUACCAAGUCCUGCCAGCAGGAGGACCUGUUCCAGACACCGGGCCUGCAGGAGGAGCUGCAGAGUAUCAUCGACUGCCUGGACACCAGCAUUCCUGACUCCAUCCCUGGUUGUAACCACUCGGUGGCCGAGGCCCUGUUGAUAUUUCUGGAAGCUCUACCUGAGCCAGUGGUGUGUUACGAGCUCUACCAGCGCAGCCUGGACUGUUCCCACGACAGCCGCCUCUGCAAACAGUUGAUCUCCCAGCUGCCCCGGGCUCACCGCAACGUGUUCCGCUACCUGAUGGCCUUCCUCAAGGAGCUGCUGAAAUACGGCCACAACAACAACCUCACUGCCAGCCUCAUAGCUUCCCUCUUUGCCAGCCUGCUCAUCCGGCCCCCACCCAACAUGGUGGGCCGACAGACCCCGCAGGACCGACAGAGAGCCAUCGUCUUCAUCCUGGGCUUCCUCAUGGGAGGGGACGACGAGUGAGGGGUCAGGGGUUAAGGGUCAGGGAUUAGGGGUCAGACAGCCUCCAGGCUGGACCUUUUGAUAACUGAUAUAAGAAUGGAGUUUUAGUGCACACAAGGCAUAUGUGUGUGUGUGUAGGGGACCAUGGUGUGACACCCCUGACGCCCCCUGUGUUGGAUCCUGUUGUGGGAGAACGAAUAGUGCAAUUAUAUGGGACCCUCUCUUUUAUCACAGGCUCUUAUCAAGGCCCCAGCCCCCAGCCUUUGUAGUGCUGUGCUUCAGUCACUCACAACCAUCACUAUUGACCAAGUCUCAUAGUUUUCACCUCUGCUCAUAGUGUAGCUGCAGGACCAGGAGUUUAGGUGUUGGUAGCUUGGAGUGACCGUGAACAGUGAACUGACUGAUGCCUCUCUGCACUUUUUACUGUACCAGAAGACCUGUAUCCCCUGUCUAUGGACCC